AUGGCGCCGCUCGGUCAGACGAUCGCCGUGAUUGACAAGUCCGGCAAGGUCGUCAGUACGAGUAAACAACUUUUUGGAGUCUUCAACCAAGCCAAGGCCGCUUAUAAAGAGCGCAAGGCCCACAUUAACUCGGAGCGAAAUGCCAAGAUUGCAGAGCAACAGGCCCUCCAGGCCCUGGCCACUUACCAGAUCGAUGACUCGCCGUCGGUAGCUUCCCGGCGCAGUCACCGUAGCAGGUCACGCCAUCAUUCGAGUCGCAGCCAGCAUCACCAAAGCAGGUCGCACUAUGAACAGGAUCUACAUUCCGCAACGGGGAGACCCGAGUCUCACUAUGGACAUGCCGAAGGUCUCCCCCGUCGACAUACGCACCAUGAACUUACUACGGUUCGGGAACCAGCCCGUCCAAUGACCGCACGGUCCAAAUCAGAUCCUCAUAUCGAUAUGGACUUGGCAUAUGGUGAAGCUCAUCCUGCUGCCCUGUCGAGGUACAGCCCACCGGAACCCAACAUCGACGACCAAAAGCAGCUCGAUGGCUUGGUGAGCAGAGCCCAGUGGCUUCUCGAGGAGGCCCACUGUGUACAACACAGCGCUACAGCCACCAUUUCUCACCUGCAAAAGAACCCAGACGCCAUGGCUGCCGUCGCCCUCACCCUAGCAGAGAUCAGUAACCUGGCCAGCAAGAUGGCCCCCGCAGCCCUUUCUGCCUUUAAGACGGCCGCGCCGACGAUCUUCGCUCUUCUGUCCAGCCCGCAAUUCCUUAUUGCCGCCGGACUGGGGCUUGGCGUGACAGUGGUCAUGUUCGGCGGCUACAAGAUCAUCAAAAAGAUCCAGUCAGGCAAUGCGGAGAAAGCCAUAGAGGACCAGGAAGAGGAGACUAUCGUAAUGGAGGAAAUGAUGGAACUGAACAUGGAAUCGGAAAGUCGGGUCGAAAUGUGGCGGCGCGGUGUGGCCGACGUCGAAGCCGAAAGUGUCGGCACCUCUGUCGACGGCGAGUUCAUCACGCCCCGAGCUGCAGCCAUGUCUGGCAUUGAUGUCACGACCGCGCGUGCGGAACGAGAUCCUCGAUUCAAAUUCGACGAUGAUAAUUCCGUCGCUUCGUCUCGUCGCUCGCGCAGAUCGCGCACCUCCCGCGCUCAUACCACGGCCGAGUCUCGCAGUGGCCGCUCCAGAAGAGAGCCUGAGCCCGUUCCCGCUUCAAGAGCUCCAUCUAGUUUCUUCGUUCGAUCCUCCAAGGCUCCGACGAAGGCCCCCAGUCGCGCACCGAGCCGUGCGCCAAGUAAAGCACCAAGCAAAGCAUCAAGUAAAGCGCCUUCCAAGGCGGGCUCGACCGUCUCUGAAAAGGAGAAGCGGCCCAAGGAGAAAAAGAAGAAGGGCCCGAGUCGCUUGCGAAUGAUGUUUACCGCAUAA